UAAUAACAAAGACAAAGAACAUAAAAUGAAAGUUUAACAAAGAAAACCAAGACCAUUUCAAGCUUCAUAUUUGAAGCCAUGCAGAUACAAAUAGACCAUAUGGCCAAAAGUAAUUGCACACCAUGACAUUGACACUCCUGUAGUGCAGAGUUAGAAUCUACCUCUUAUGCAGAAAGUAUUUAUUUGCUUGUAACAUUGAGAUUUCUGGCCAUAUAGUCCCUGGCAUUGGGUGACUCCCAAAUGGGCAGCAAGAUAAUUACUUCCCUAAAAAACUCUUUACAUAGAAGCAACUUCCUCACAUAACUGAACAACAAAGGUUAACGUGUCUCAUUAACGUUUGACACAGCGAAGACCAGCGAUACUGUGAUUUUGAGUUUUGUAGAUCAGAGAUGUCUCACGCUAUUUCUGAACAUGUGAACUAUGCCAAGGAAAGAGGAAAGUGCAUUGAGAGGGUGGUGAAACUCCACGAGGACGCAGACGCUGUUAGUCGUCACAACAUCAAAACAAAGACAGUGGAUGGCAUGAAGACUCGACACACAGAACGAACCACUGCAGGGGACAGAUGUUACAAUCCAGCUGUGGUGUGUGUGCUGCUGCUGGGUUUUCUCCUGCUGACUGCUGCCACAGUACUGUGGGUCAAAUUCAGCAUCCUCAACACAGAAUUAAACAAGUUACAGAGCACAUAUCGCACUCUUAUAAUAGAGAGAGACCAAUUACAGACCAGUUACAAGCACCUGACUUUAGAGAGAAAUCGGUUAUGGACAAGGAAAAUUCAAAUGAGUUUAGAGAGAGACCAUCUGAAGGGCAGAAAUAAAAACCUGACAAUAAACAGAGAGAAACAAGAGGCCAAAAUUAUGAGCUUGGAAAAUAGAAUGAAGCAACUAGAGAAGACGAUGGAUGAACUUCAAAACCUGUUGAACAACAUUGAUACACAAGCCCAACUCGGAUGGAGAUACUUCAACUCUAGUUUUUACUACUUCUCUACUGGGAUGAAGAACUGGAAUGAUAGCAGACAGGACUGUAGAAACAGAGGGGCAGAUCUGGUGAUCAUAGACAGUGCAGCGGAAGAGAACUUCAUCAACAGUAACUUGGGCAGCAUUCAGGCUUGGAUUGGCCUAAGUGACACAGAAAUCGAGGGACAGUGGAAAUGGGUGGAUGGAACACGACUGACCAACGGAUUCUGGAAAACAAACGAACCGAAUAAUGCAGGUAAUAAUGAAGAUUGUGCUGAGGUUUAUGCGCCUAAUGGAAUUCAAUGUUGGAAUGACAGCGAGUGCUCUUAUGAAGCACCGUGGAUAUGUGAGAAAAAAAAUAAAUAAAAAUUGCGCAGAGAAUCCAACCGUAUGGCAUUUAAAGGCAGGUUGAUAUUUUAAGAUAAACUGCUCAGAUCGUGCUGCCAGGUAUCUGUGAUUAUACUGUCAGGACAAUCAUUUAAUAUUUAAGAGAAUUUUAAUAUACUUACAAAAUAAAGUUGAGUUCUUCAUAUUAUGACAAAUACUACUACUAAUUAUUACAUUUAUAUUUUUUAUUUUUUAUUUGUUUUAAAUAAGUGUGCUUUUCCUUUUAAAAAUUUUACAAAUUACAAAUGCUGUCAAUCAUAACUUUUUGGUUAGUGGUAAUCCUAAAUCUGUUGUGAUAUGAUCUGUUUGGUUAUUGAAAAGUCAAAGUGUCUUAUUUUGUUAUGCUUUUCAUUUGCUAUUACCAUUUGCUAAAUUAAUUCAAAUAAAGACAACGGUGUUCCUUGUCUUGUAUGAUAAGCUUGUCAUAAAACCUUUUACUGUCACAUAUAAACUAUAUAAAACAGACAAACAUGAAAUUCAUUCAUCAAGCCAUGUUCAGUCAGAGAAUUAUCCUGGCCAUAAUAACAGUAAAAAUACACCCUGAAUUUAUAAUAUAAAAACACACAGUAUAAUUCAACUGUAGAAAUCUGCA